AUGGCGCUUGUAUCGUUGCUAUCCAUUGCACCGUUUCUGACCAUAGCGUACACCCGGGAAAUCACUUUUCCACCCGUCUCGGGAUACGCAUCUCAGCAGGUUAUUCCUCAGGGAUUAUUUGAGGCCGAUGUUACUCAAGCCAAGUUUGCAGGGCUAACGACAUAUGCUAACCUGCCAUAUAUACAUUGUCUCGCGCCUGAAGGAGACGAUGUUGAGCCGUUUGACAUUGCUAUCCUUGGUGCGCCAUUCGACACUGCUGUAACCGCUCGUCCUGGAGCGCGCUUUGGCCCGAGCGGUAUCCGCGCUGGAUCACGUCGAAUAGGUCCCUUGUGGAGCGUUUAUACUGGAGAAAAUGUGUUCUUCGACUGGGCCAAAAUAGUCGACUGCGGUGACGCACCAUUGACUUUCUUGGACAACACAGUAGCCCUGAAUCAGCUUGACAGAUCUCACAAGAUCAUCUCUUCCAGAGACACCAACUCAAGCGAGCAUGGUCGUACACCGAAGAUUAUCACUCUAGGAGGCGAUCAUACUACCACACUACCUGCACUACGAUCAGCCCAUCACCACUGGGGUCAAGUCAGUGUGAUACAUUUCGACAGCCAUUUAGACACUUGGGAUCCAAAGGUGUUGGGUGGAGGCAUAUCCCACUACGCUGGCGUCAACCACGGAACGUUUCUGCACAUCGCACACGAAGAAGGCUUAAUCCGGAAUACAUCGAUUCACGCUGGCAUCCGAGGAGCAAUUUUACGACCAAAAGGCGAUGUGCGGAAUGAUAUUCGCUGUGGUUUUGAGAUGAUCAAGGCCCGGGACAUUGAUCGCAUUGGCGUAUCAGGAAUUAUCGACAAGUUAAAGGCGCGAGUGGGGGAUAGCAAGGUGUAUAUCAGCGUUGAUAUAGAUGUGCUGGACCCAGCUUUUGCUCCUGCCACAGGAACUGCCGAGGUUGGUGGCUGGAGCACACGCGAGUUACUCUCUAUCCUGGAUGGUCUUGAAGGAUUGGAUGUAGUCGGCGCUGAUGUUGUUGCCCCUGUAUACGAUAACGCUGGCGAGACAACAGUAUUAGCAGCUGCAGAAGUCGUGCAAUCCCUCAUUGGAUUGAUGGUGAAAGCGCCAGCUUGA